AAAAAUCAGAGAGAAGUAAGCUGAACAGCAGACACUCCUCCUUACUUCCCACCUCAGAGCAGCUGCAUGACUUCCUGAGGAUUCUAUUGCAGUAGCCAGAGAUAAACACUCAUUUGUGCAUAUUACGUGCAAGUCUCCAGUUUCUAUUCUUCUUCCCUCUCCGCUCUUUCCCUUCCCCCACUUUAAACCAGGGAAGCCAAACUCUGGCGGGGUUGAAGCGGCUUGAGAAGUACUAAGAAACAGGAAGAAGAGUCGAGGUCUAUUGGCUAGCAAAUGUGCCAUGGCCUGACCUCUCUCCUCUGGAAAAGAAACAUUCCUAAAGAGCAGGAGCCCUGUGAAUGGAGUGGACCAUCCCGAAUAUCCAGACUUAUUUGCAGCUCACCAUCCAGGGUUAGCUCACCAGGAGACUAGCAGGUUGGAAUUUCUGAAGAUUUGGAUCUUGCUUCAGGGAGCAAAAGGACCUUAAACUGUGAAGCUUGGAAUCAGCAGCUUGAACGUACUCUGACACUACAACAUAAGAACAGUGGCCACAGUAAGAAGGGAAGUUUGUGAAAGGUGCUGAGGUACCAGAUAGAGGCACCAAGCAGACAUUCCUGGAGAACAUGAAUGGAACUGAAAAUCUGACGACAUCUCUCAUUAAUAACACGUGUCAUGACACAAUUGAUGAAUUCCGAAAUCAAGUAUACUCCACUAUGUAUUCUGUGAUCUCUGUUGUGGGUUUCUUUGGCAAUAGCUUUGUGCUCUAUGUCCUCAUAAAAACAUACCAUGAGAAAUCAGCCUUCCAAGUAUACAUGAUUAAUCUAGCCAUAGCAGAUCUACUCUGUGUAUGUACAUUGCCUCUCCGUGUGGUCUAUUAUGUUCACAAAGGCAAGUGGCUCUUUGGUGACUUUUUGUGCCGCCUCACCACCUAUGCCUUGUACGUUAACCUCUAUUGUAGCAUCUUCUUUAUGACAGCCAUGAGCUUUUUCCGGUGUGUUGCAAUUGUCUUUCCAGUCCAGAACAUUAAUUUGGUUACACAGAAAAAAGCCAGGUUCGUUUGCAUUGGAAUUUGGAUUUUUGUGAUUUUGACAAGUUCUCCCUUUUUAAUGUACAAAUCUUACCAAGAUGAGAAAAACAAUACUAAAUGCUUUGAGCCUCCACAGAACAAUCAAGCUAAAAAAUACGUUUUGAUCUUGCAUUAUGUGUCAUUAUUCUUUGGUUUCAUCAUCCCUUUUGUCACCAUAAUUGUCUGUUACACAAUGAUCAUUCUGACCUUACUAAAAAAUACAAUGAAGAAAAACAUGCCAAGUCGUAGGAAGGCUAUAGGGAUGAUCAUAGUUGUGACAGCUGCCUUUUUAGUGAGCUUCAUGCCAUAUCAUAUUCAACGAACUAUCCACCUUCACCUUUUACACAGUGAAACUAGACCCUGUGAUUCUGUCCUUAGGAUGCAGAAGUCAGUGGUCAUAACCUUAUCUCUAGCUGCAUCAAAUUGUUGCUUUGAUCCUCUGCUAUAUUUCUUUUCAGGUGGAAACUUUAGGAGAAGGCUAUCUACAUUUAGAAAGCAUUCUUUGUCCAGUAUGACUUAUGUACCCAAGAAGAAAGCUUCCUUGCCAGAAAAAGGAGAAGAAAUAUGUAACGAAUAAUUCAAACUCAUCUACAGUGCAGAACAAUGAAAAAGAAAUUCCCUAACGAGUGUUUUUCUAAAUCAAAAUUAAAAAAAAAUGUUUCCCAUUAAUAGUUUACAAAUAAUUAUAUCUAUUUCAUUUAUAAAUACUAUUAUUUGAUAUUUUAAGUGUUCAAAACUCAAUUUAUAACUGUGAACUAACCCAUAGAUUUCUUUUUGAAGACUCACCAGAAACUUAAGAAUGUUUAUGGUUCUGAACUAUAAAACUGAGUAUGAAAUCAAGAAUAUAAAAGGGAUUUAAAAGGCUACCUACUAGACUUUUGAGUUCAGCUUUUAAAUAUAGUUUUAAAAUUAGCAAAUAGUCAUCAGUCACCCUAACAUCUCCCUUUGCAUGCAUGCCAUCAGAUGAGACCUGGAGAUGACUCGGGACGUACAUUUGGUCAGCCGUUUCCUUUGUAGUACUGACUAGCUAGGUAAAGUAGUGCCCUGUCUUCCAGAAGAGAAUGUUCAAGUACCAGAACAGACCAAUAUUCAGCCAAAUAGCUCCACAGGCUGCAUGAAAUUUACAAUAUGGAAAAAUAAGGAAGAUAAAUCUGAUCAAAGGCCAGUUUGUCUCUAAUUCUCUUCUGCCCUUGACUCAAGCACCGGCAAAAGAAUGGUGUUCUUGCUCACAGUGGUUCAAUCCCUAUUCUACCUAUAAUCCUUCCUUAAUAAGUAAGGCAACUGGCAUUCCCAUAUAUGACAGAAGAAGUCAAAAUUCAUCAGAAGUAAAGAAAAUAGGCCUACCUUUCUACAUGAGAUUUGUUGGAAUCAAAAUUUACUAUGUUAGAUAGCAGAAGAAAAUUUGAAUAUCCAUGUCAUUAAUACUUUUAAUAAGUAUAUGCAUUUAUAUGUAUGUAUAUAAAUAUAUGUAAUCUAUCUUGUUCUAUGAUAUGCAUUUAUUGUUAGUUAAUUAUGAGAUUUAUUGUUGUUUUAUACUUAUUUCUUUUUUAUUAGCAUGUUGAAAGUAAUAUUUGUUUACAGUGAUUUUUAUAUUAUAGCAGAAGCUUUGUUCUUAAACCAAACCAUUGAAAACAGCUUGGUUGUGACUAAAAUAUGAUAUUCAUUGACAAAGUUUUGCUGAAGGCCACUUUUUUCCUAACUAUGAGUUUCAAAAGUCACAUCAACUCAGAAGAAAUAAAUGAUAGCAGAGAUGGGAAAAAGAAAAACCAUGAAUGGAGUUGUGUCAGUAUCAGCUACGUGAAAACUUUUUCUAUUUCACUUCUGCUGGACCCCUUGGGAAAUUGUGUUUAAAGCAUAAUAAAGAGAGGACUCUAAGGAUGAAAAAUAACUGGAACUUGUUGAUUUCUGUUGAACAUGUCUGAAAAUUGGCAGUGUCUAUAUUACUCUCGUUCCUCUUGCUUGAAACAAAUAUCAAACAUAUUUGUCAAAAGACAUCAGGUCUCAUUUGCUACAUUUCUGCUUUGUGGUGGGAGAGCAUGGCACUGGAAGCCAAGAUGUCUGCAUGUGAACCUGAUCUCUUUUAACCUGGUCUUUCUUAACUUAACAAAGUUAACAUACUUUUGAGUGAAAUUUGUAAGCCUAAAACCUUAACUUUCUCAGCUGUAAGAUAAGAAUGAUACUUGUUAUGCUUUCUUAUGGCCAUUUGAAGGACUCAAAGGUGGUUAGAUAUGCUAAAAUUGUAUCCUAAAAUAUAUAUAGUAAGAUGCCACUUUAAAGUAUUUAUCCCUUCUCAGCCUUUUGGCUAAGAUCAAGUGUAAAGUAUUUAUAGGAGAGUUGUUAAAUAUGCUAAUUCAUAUUUAUUGUAUCCAUUUUUAAUUUUGAAAGAAUUUGAACAAGACAUUGACAUAGUUAAAUUCUAGUGCAUAUAAUCAUUUUGCUCAUUUAUUCCUAUGUCCAAGCUUUUGUUUGUAUUUGCUGUUCCACUCACAUAUGUACCUACGUGUACCAUAUAGAUAUGGCACAAAACUUCAGUCACCUGCAAACUCACAAUGAAUGUAUUGUUCUUUCUUGAAUUAUGUCUUUAUAGCCUAUGCCAUACAACUUACUUCUUACUACUUUCUCCAGUUUCUCCAUGUGUAUUAGUAUUUUCUCCUAAAGGGAAGUGUUCUGUGUAGAAUUAUCAAUUCCUUGAGGUUACAAAUUACAUCUCUACAUGGGAUUAUAUAACAUUUAUUGUGUGUGUGUGUGUGUGUGUGUGUGUGUGUGUGUGUGUGUAAUUUUAAUUUUAAAAGCUUUUUAAAUGUUUUAAAUAUUUUACCUGUGUCAAUUUAUAAAUACAAAUGCCCUGCAGAGUACAUAUCAUUACUAUCCUCAUUUUGCCAGCAAGCUACAGAACCAAGAUUGAACUCUGGACAUUCUGUUGCCAGAAUUUACAUUCUUAAUUUGCUAGGUAUCUGUGUCAUCAUUUUCAAGUACAAAGAUUCCAGUAUACAUGAUGGAUAGUCCCUAAAGGUUUACUAUACAAAAUUAUACCUUCCAUUAUCACUGUGCCUUUAUUUUUUAAUAGGACAGAUAUAUUAUGCUCUUGCGACAAGCAGAUAAGAGAUACUUGAUUGACAAAUGAGAGAGAGAAAGAGAGAGAGAGAGAGAGAGAGAGAGAGAGAGAGAGGGAGGAUGGAUUGAUGAUACAUUAAAGUGUGUGCUUUUUAAAGAAAGAUUUUUAUUUUAUUUUUUACUUAUACAUGUAUAUUUGUAUGACUUUUUAUUAUUUCUUUUUUACUUAUCCUCUCAUGUAUUAUAUCCCAACUCCAAUUUCCCCUCCUUCACCUCCCUCCAGUUCUCCUCCUCCCCAUCUGCCCUCUUCCCUAGAUCCACUCUUCUUCCACUUCCCUUCAGAAAACAGCAUGUCUCCCAGGGAUCUCAACCAAACAUACUAUGACAAGUUACAAUAAGACAGGCAUAAACCCUCUUAUCAACCAAGUAAGACAAAAAGCGUCCCAAGAACAGGCAAAAGAGUCAGAACAUCCACACUCCCACUGUUAGGAGUCCCACAAAAAGACCAAGCUACACAACCACAAUGUAUUAUGCAGAGCACCUAGCUCAGACCUAUGCGGACUCACAAUUGCUUCAAACCUCCUGAUUACCAUUCCUGGGUUUGUGAGACCCUAUGUGCCCUGCUUAGUUGAUUCUGUGGGCCAUGUUCUCCCGGUAUAUGAUGAGCAUUACACACACCCAUGAUUUACUCCAAAGAAUGCCAUAAAAGUCACUUAAAAUAUUGAAAUUAGGAAGAGCUUAAUAUUUGCAAUUCCUAGAAGCAAAAUAAUAAUAAUCUAUAACAUUAACACUCUUACAGUCUUUACAUAUAUCCCUUUGGUCACUAGCAGCCUUUUCAAAUCUCAUCAACUAGCCAGACUAUUUCCUAUUAUACACUUAACUUUUUAUUUCUUUCAGCAUGUUUUGCUUGUGUAUCCUUAAAAUGCAUUACUGAUCUUAAGCAAAUGUUCUAUAUGUUAAGUUUCAAAAUAAACGUGUGUUCUUCUCAGACUGUAAA